GAGCCCACCGACGGUCGCAGCCUGCGCGAGGCUCUCGUCACCAUGUCGUUGAGUGUCCGACCCGUGUGGCCAUCGCCCAAGUUGCACGUUGCCAUCGCGAUGGCUCGGGCCCUUGCCGAUCUGCAUGCCGCUGGCCUUUUCCACGGGUCGCUUUCAAGCCACAGCGUCUUUCUUGGCGUCGAACGUCGCGUCAAGGUCGGUGUGCCGGGAACGUCCGACCCCAAUCUGUCGACGCUGCCGUGGACCGCCCCCGAACGACUUGGCAUGUUUGCGCCGUGCACGCCGGAGGCUGACAUUUAUGCGCUCGGCGUCAUUUUGACCGAGCUCGACACGCUACGUGCACCGUUCGAGGAAGAGAAUUGGAACGACGCGCAGCUCAUGACGGCGGUGGGCCUUCAUGGACGUCGCCCACAACUCUCGGAUGCCUGCGACCCGCGGUAUGUGACCUUGGUCGACCAGUGUCUAGCCCGAGAUACGACCCGUCGCCCGACGGCUACAGCCAUUGAGGGCAAGACGCCGCUGGCCAUGGCGAUCGAGCGCGGCUACUCUUCCAUGGUUGCCAAGCUCUUUGAUCGCGUGCACCGAGCUGCGGUCGAGAUUUCGGAAGACGGGUACGCAAUGACCACGACAGAGCUCGGUGUUGGCGGCUCUGGUGUCGUCCUCCUUGGCUCGUACUGCGGUCAAAACGUUGCGGUCAAGCGGUUCCGAAGUGCAAAGUACUACUCAUCGAUCGAGCCCGAAGCCGACGCACUUGUCGCGUGUCCGUCCCCAUUCCUCGUGCGGCUAGUGGCCAUCGCAGGUCGCCACUCGGAGACGCCAGCACUUCUCUUCGAGUACAUGGAUGGCGGUCGUCUUCAGACGCACCUCGAGAAGAAGCGCAUGAACGAGCGCACGUCGGUGCACGUGACCAACCUCCACGUGGCCUGGGUCAUCGCCAACGCCUUGCGAGAUCUGCACGCCAAGAAGUUUGUGCACCGCGACAUCAAGAGCGACAACGUCCUUCUGAGCUUAAGCGGCGAGAUCAAGCUCGCCGACCUCGGCAUGGCGCGACCUGAGGCAACGGAAAUGACCGAAGCGGCAGGUACCCGGUUCUGGAUGGCGCCCGAGAUCCUGCAAGCGCAUGGCACGACGUACGGUCGACCCGCCGACAUUUACGCGUUUGGCGUCCUCCUCACGGAGCUGAACACGUGUCAACUGCCGUACUUUGACCAGGACGUUCAAGAUCGAAUUGCGUUUAACCGCGGUGUCAUCAACGGCACUCUUCGCCCGACGUUGACGACCGAGUGCGAGCCAUGGCUGCGCACGCUGGUGGAGAUGUGUCUGCUUGGAGAUCCGGCACUGCGGCCAACAGCCAACCAGAUUGUCGAAAUGCUUCAAAUCGAGCAAGUGGCUGCAGCAGCGAGCAUGGGCGUGACCGAGGCGUGUAUGCGCGUCGUGGCAAGGGACGACGUCGUCGCAUUGACGCAGCUGCUCGAAAACAGUGUAUCGCUGGAGACGACGCUCUCCAACGGUGCGUUGCUGCUUCUGGUAGCGACAACGGCUCGGGCCACCGGAACAAUGCAACUCCUCCUUGAUCACAUCGUCGACGUCAACGCCAUGCGCGUACUUGACGGACUCCAAAUUUGA